UGGCCACCAUGGAUAGCACAUUUUUCAAGGGAACAUCGACUGAGCAGGAUCGUCGGUUUUCUGAUAAAGAGCUUCGUCUUCUGAAGACGCUGAAGUUCCCACCCGAGUUCGACAAAAAAGUUGAACUCAAGAAAGUUAAUAUGUCCGUCAUGAGACCAUGGAUUACCAAAAAGGUCUCUGAUUUGCUUGGCUUUGAGGAUGAGGUGGUUAUUGAAUAUGCGAUGGGCUUGUUGGACGACCCUAAUGUCACCACACCCGACCCGAGGAAAAUGCAAAUCAAUCUCACUGGCUUUCUCGAAAGCAAGACUGCUGAGUUCAUGUUAGCACUCUGGAAGCUGCUCCUAAGCGCCCAAGAGUCGAUCGCUGGCAUUCCAGCCGAGUUCUUGGAGGCGAAGAAGGCUGAGCUCCGUGAGAGGCAGCUCACCGAUAGCCGUCCUCUGGGAGAGAUAGACCGAAGUGCCACGGAUCAACCACGCCCUUCCCGGUUUGAUGAUCGAGGUGACACCAGGGGCAGGGGUCGUGGUCGUGGACGCGGUGGGUACGCUGGUGGCAGGAACGACAUUGGUGGAAGAGAGGGUGGAAGGGAGAGGGAUAGUGGUUGGGGCGCAAGAGCCAGGGGCCGUGGGGGAUACGGAGGGCGGAGCGACCGACCGCGUCACGAUGAUCGUGACCGUGAUGCGCCAUCUAGCUUUCGCAGACGGUCUCCGGAUGCUCGCGAUCGUUCUCCACCGCGUCGCCGCUCUCCAUCUCCUCGCCGUCGCUCGCCGUCCGAAAGCCCUGCCAGGCGGCGUCGCUCGCCUUCUGUAACUCCACCUCGCCGCCGUCGCUCUCCAUCCACUAGUCCCCCUAGCCGCCGCCGUCGCUCUCCUUCCGUAACCCCUCCUCGCACUCGCAGAAAUCGGUCCGAUAGUCGUUCACCAGCCCGCUCGGAGACACCGCCUCGUCGCAAUGGUGGUCAAGAGCGAGGGUCGUUACGCCGACGACAUAACGGGAACGAUGAGAAUUCCGAUAACGAGCGUCGUUCUGGGUCCGUGGGUGCGCGACGUCGCCAUCCUGCACCGCAUACACGUGAUAGGGAUGGCACACCUCCACGACGGGAAAGACGACGGCGGGAAAGCUCCUCAGAGUCUCACGAUUCAUCAUCUGACAACAGAACACGGCCUUCGAGAAGACGAUACACCCCUGACUCGGAAGAUGAGCAUACCUCGAAGAAGCCGCGCCGUGAGGCACCCAGUUCUCCCCUGAAGGAAAAACAUGCCAAGGUCAGGGACGGCUCAGAGCUUGCCGAGACGUCCAGUGAUCCCGCGAAGACUGAAAGCGUUCUAAAAGAAAAGUUACUGCGGCAGAAAGUGAUGAAUAGUCGGAAGAGUGCACAAAAACACUCGUCGUGAAGCUAGGUGGAGGUGUGGGAGAUGUAGUUAUCAUAAGGCUUGAUUGCCAUUUCCGUCGUGCUAUCUGCUACAUGCUCAUCAAUACACAGCAUAACAUUCAUUUGAAUACCCACGCCGAUAUAUUGAUUGACUUGCGCCGCUUUCAUUUGAAUGUUGCUACCAGAUGCUGACUACGGGCAGAAGGUUUGUAGGUCCCUGGCACGGGUUGUUUUGUCAGACGAGAAAGGCUUCCCGUAGGGGUGACCUCAUCACCUGACGAAACCUGGCACCCGGUUAUUUGAACUCAUUUCAAUAGGCACCAUCCGGUAAUUAUCGCAAGUCAGUCCUCAAUCCAUAUGGACUCAUCCGAGUCAAUGUCAUGGAUUCCAAUGCGGUUGCUCAGAACACGCGUCGUUGUCUCAGAACUGUUGAGCUGGGAAAAUUCCCGAAUCAAAAAUGUACAGCACGGUACCUCAGUACGUCAUGUUUUAUUGUUAAAUGGCUAAUCAAGCUAUGGUAAGCGGAAAGUCUCAUUCGACGUUGAAUUCGAUCAGUGUGUGAAUGUCGGAAGACCCUCCAUUGCACGAUCCCCACUCCGUCUCAUGGUUCCUAGUUCUGUGGCGGCAACCCAAGGACUACUGUAUUGGCGCUUUUGGUUGGAAUAUGCCCUCGCUAUCUAACAGCUGCACGCAACAAGAUUACAGUUGCUCUAAUCUUUCGAGACCGACGCCUUAUUC